UUGUUAAUUUAAGUAUAUGUAUAUUGACGUAAAACUCUUAAAAUCAUUAACAUCAGAUUCAAGCCAAGUAAUGUGAGUAAUUUUGGGAAAUGAAAGGGAAGAAAAUGCAAUCCUUAUGAGACUUCUUUUAGUGGAGAUAAGUACCAUGUUAAUAUUUGGAUACAACCUAAAGAAAAAUUAAUUGGCAGGUAUAGACUUAUAAUCAACCUGGACACUGUAUUUCAUGAAGAUAACUGAUCUAGCAUUAAAUCUUACACUUAACGAAGGUGUAGCCACACAUAUUGAACUGAUUAAUCCUCAUAGCACAGCAAGAUAGAUAAGGGAGGUUCUAAAUAUUUAAGCAAUGCAUAAAAGAGACAUGCUAACUACUGGCAUCGGACUGGGUCCAAGUUUUCUAAUUUCAUACCCUGUUUUAUUUUCUACUACACUAGUGUUUUUCAAACAUUUUACCAUUGCAUAUAGCAAGUUUUACAUGAUAAGCCUGGUCACACAUAUACAUAUAUACUCACACUUGUAUUGGAAACAAAUAUAAUAAAUCAACAAAAUAGUAUAUAACUGUUAAACGUAUGAUAGAUUACAAUUCGCAGUAUGAAAAGCACUAAUAUAUAUUAUACUGUAUUUUCAAGCACUAAUCCCUUUAAUAAUCUUAUAUAACCAACCUGUGCAAUCAAUUAUUGUUUGCCUUAUUUUUCAAGUACUGAACAUGUUGCACAGAAUCAUUCUUUCAGUUGCACGUGUCCUUUCAUGAAAAAAGUUUUUUAUUGGCAAAAGUCAUUUUAGAAUUUGAGGCGUAGGACUAAGGAAAAGCACUGUGUCUUGCUGUUUCUGUGUAAAUCAGACCAGUCCAGCUGGAGCUCAGUGAGUUCUGUACUUACCUAAAUCAACUCAUAUAUUCGACCAGAGAAUCAUGAGGACCAGCAGACUAAGGAUGAAAGAAAUGAAUACAUGCGGUAAGCCAGCAUGGAUGGUUCUUGGGAACAAUCCUUGCAUUUUAUUAUUUUCUCUAAUGUAAAAUCAGUUGUAACUCUCCCUUUAUCUAAUCAUUAUUUCUAUAAAAAUUUGCUGUAUUGCAUUUCCUAGGUAAAAUAUAGAGAUUCAUUAGUCUUUCUUUUAGUUGUACUACAGAAUACUAAUUUGGGGCAUUUUUACUCAUAUUUUUUCAUCUUACAAGCAUCAAAUCAUGUCACUGGAGUUACAUCGCAGAGAAAAUCCCUUCAUAACUUUACUUAACUGAAUAAAAUGACCAUGAAGAGUAUUUAAUACUGAAAUGCAAGUCUUCACUUUGACUUAAAUCCACCGACAAGAGCAACGACAGUCAUGAAUUCAGGCAAUGAAAGUACCCCAGAGGUUUUCAUUCUUCUGGGUUUCUCUGACCAUCCCUGGUUGGAAAUGCCACUCUUCAUAAUAGUGUUUGCUGCUUACAUCUUCACACUAGUGGGAAACAUCUCAAUUAUUGUGGUAUCCAGGGUAGAUCCUCAUCUUGACAGCCCUAUGUACUUCUUCCUUUCCAACCUCUCCUUCCUGGACCUUUGUUUUACAACAACCACAAUCCCUCAACUGCUGCUGAACCUCUGGGGCCCAGAUAAAUCUAUCAGCUAUGGAGGCUGUGUGACCCAGUUUUAUAUGUUUCACUUCCUGGGAGCCACUGAAUGCAUCCUCUUAGCUGUAAUGUCCUUGGAUCGUUUCAUGGCCAUCUGCAAGCCUUUGAGGUACCCAGUUAUCAUGCAUCAGCGACUCUGUAUCUUCCUUGUGCUCAUGGCAUGGCUAAGUGGUUUGGCUAACUCCUUGCUUCAGUCAUCCCUCACCAUCCAGCUGCCACUUUGUGGCAACAACAAGGUAGAUGAUUUCCUGUGUGAGGUCCCAGUGAUGAUCAAGAUGUCAUGUGCCGACACUACAUUCAAUGUAGCUAUGCUCUCCAUCGUGGGGACAUUCUAUUCCUUGCUUCCUUUGUCACUUAUCCUUGUCUCCUAUGGGUUCAUUGUAGCUACAGUGCUCAGAAUUCGGUCCUCAGAGGGAAAGAAGAAGGCCUUUAACACAUGUAGUUCUCAUAUCAUUGUUGUAUCUCUCUUCUAUGGACCAGUAAUUAGCAUGUACGUGCAACCUUCAGCUACUAUCUCCCAGGACAAGAACAAAUUCAUGUCCCUGUUCUACAGCUUGGUGACUCCAAUGCUUAACCCUUUUAUUUAUACUUUGAGGAACAAGGACAUGAAAGGGGCAAUGAUGACGCUUAUUGUCUCAUUGUACCAUCAAAGAAGAGAAUAAAAAUAGCCAUUUUUAUAAUUUAUAUUCUCCAUAUAGGAC